AUGGCUGUUCCGCCAAGCUGCACGGUUCUUGUCAUCGGAGGAGGCCCCGCCGGUUCAUAUGCAGCAGCAGCUUUAGCUCGCGAGGGUAUCGAAACAGUGGUACUCGAGGCAGACAAAUUCCCCAGGUUAGUGACGACAGUGCUUUCAAGGAAGCCUGAUCUUGCAUUGAAUACCUCCUUUCGGCUCACUCCACUUGACACCGACUUUCUUGAGGCAGGCGGUCCUGAUGGAUACGCCUGGAACUUGAUCCGAUCCGAGUUCGAUGACCUACUUUUCAAGCACGCCGGCACCUGUGGCGCUCAAAUCUUUGCUGAAACCAAGGUGGACGCGAUUCAAUUUGGGCCUGUAGUCGAUGGAAUGAAACCCGACAGGAAUAAUGACGACUUAAACUUUGGCCAACCCGUGUCUGCCACAUGGGUGCGCCAAGAUGGCACUUCUGGAUCAAUUACCUACAAGUACCUUGUUGAUGCUAGCGGAAGGCAGGGUAUCUUGAGCACGAAAUAUUUGAAGAACCGCAAGUUCAACAAUAAUUUCAAGAAUGCCGCUAUAUGGGCGUAUUGGAAGAGUGACAAUGUGUAUGGUCCGGGGACACACAUGGAAGGUUCACCAUAUUUCGAGGCAUUAGACGGUGAGUUUUUUGACGACUGGAUUUCUUUACAUGCUUCUAAUGAACAAACAGACGCCAGCGGUUGGGCUUGGUUCAUGCCACUACACGAUGGCACUCGCUCCGUCGGCAUUGUCCUAGACCAGAAAAUGGCGACUGAAAAGAAGCAGGAACUAGGGUGUCCUUCAACCUUGGACUUCUACAAGCAGUGCCUUGAAAUGGCUCCCAGAAUAAGAGAACUUCUCUCAGAGGCAGAGCUUAUUCCUCACGUCAGAUCGGCCUCGGACUGGUCCUACACCGCGUCUACGUAUCACUUGCCGAAUGCGCGUGUCUGCGGAGAUGCCGGGAGCUUUAUUGACCCCUUAUUCUCCUCGGGCGUCCACCUCGCCAUAACAGGCGGUCUCUCGGCGGCAGCUACCAUUUCAGCCUCAAUCCGCGGCGACUGCAGUGAAGCAGCGGCGGGCUCGUGGCACUCCAAGAAGACAGUCGAGAGCUACACUCGAUUCUUCUUGGCCGUCAGCAGUGCUACGAAGCAAAUUCGCACACAACACGAGCCUAUAAUUCAGGACAUGGAUGAGGAAGGAUUCCAAAGGGCAUUUGAUCUUUUCAGACCCAGUAUGAAGUGCCCAAGUCUACCAUAUCCACCGGAUUCAGUCCUUGCAUUAACUGAAUUUUUUUUUUCCGUCUUAGUCAUUCAAGGUACUGUUGAUGCCGACACUGCCGGCAAAGUGUCCAAAUUCGAAAUCUCCAAAAUUCUCCAAUUUUGCUUCAAGGCUUUUGCUUAUGUUCCGCCGGAAAAAAAAGACGCACUAUUUGACAAGCUCAGGAACCUUGACUCUAAAGCUUUACAUAACGAUGCGAAAGAAUUUCAGACACUCGAUGGUAUAGAGAAGCAUCUUACGGCAGAUGAGUUGCAGAUACUAGAGACGCUACGUAGUAGGCGUAUGAUUCGUGAAGACCCCUUUGAGAUGGAUAGCUUCACGCUCGACACUAUCGACGGAAUGGCGCCUAACCUAGUGCGCGGUAGUCUAGGGCUUGUCGAUUCUGAGCAGGCCAAGAUUGAUACAGAUCACUUCUACUCGCAGAACUUUUUAGAUGGCAAUUAUCCUGGGAUUAGGGAGGGUAGUGUCCAUCUGCCUACUUCAAGAAUUCAGCUGGGAUAA